UAGGCUCUGCAAUCUGCAUCUAGCACCUAGGUUUUCACACACGGAGGUAGCUCUGCUUGACAUACGCUAGCCGUAAGGUAGACACCAGAGUUUUUCUGUAGGAAAGGAGAAUCUGUCUUGACUUUCGUUUAGGAAGGCGUUAUUGUCCGUCGCUGCUUAUCUUUCGACCACAGAUCCAACGGACGGUGCCCGCAGUUGAAGGACAAGAGGUGGAUUCGGUGGGGGUUACUAGUCGGGUGCAGCAUCGCGGAAAGCAAAAAAAGAGAAAUAGUCCGCUUUUCUCUGCUAACACGAUAUGGCUGCCGUUGGACAACAUUCGGGUCAAACAAAUCAACGGAUAACUGCACCUUCAGCGUACGGAAACCAGCCUCGGAUCCAGCAAGGCAACCUCGUGCAGCCGUCUCAGUUAGGCCAAGUGCAAGCUCCUGGUCAACCACUGCUUCCUCCGCCGCAAGUUCAAGGCUUUGGCGCUCCGAACCAAGCAAGUCAGCCUAGCCAGCCAAGCCAAAGCGGCCAAUCAAGUGAUCAAGAGUGGAAGUCACAGUUGAAGCUACCUCCAUCUGAUACAAGGUUCAGGACCGAGGAUGUCACGGCGACGAAAGGAAACGAGUUUGAGGACUAUUUCUUGAAGAGGGAGCUUCUGAUGGGGAUCUAUGAGAGAGGAUUCGAGAGGCCUUCCCCUAUUCAGGAGGAGAGUAUUCCGAUUGCCUUGACGGGAAGAGACAUCCUUGCUCGUGCCAAGAAUGGAACUGGCAAGACCGCUGCCUUCUCUAUUCCAGCACUGGAGAAAAUUGACCCCACGCGGAACGUCAUUCAAGUUGUCAUUCUGGUCCCUACGAGAGAGCUCGCGCUGCAGACCUCUCAAGUUUGCAAGGAGCUUGCGAAGCACAUGAACAUUCAGAUCAUGGCAACGACGGGCGGCACGAGCCUCAAGGACGACAUCAUGCGUCUCUACCAACCAGUGCAUCUCCUCGUCGCCACGCCUGGCCGCGUUCUAGAUCUGGCGAACAAAGGCGUGUGCAACCUGCGAGAAUGCAAUAUGCUGUGCAUGGAUGAGGCCGACAAGCUCCUCUCUCCAGAGUUUCAGCCUCUUGUGGAGCGCCUCAUUGGCUAUCUCGCUCCAACGCGACAGAUUCUCUUGUAUUCUGCCACCUUUCCUGUGACCGUGAAGUCGUUCAAGGACAGAUGGCUCAACAAGCCUUACGUCAUUAACCUCAUGGACGAGUUGACCCUUAAGGGUAUCACUCAAUAUUACGCCUUCGUGGAGGAGCGGCAAAAGGUUCAUUGCCUUAACACCUUGUUCUCUAAGCUGCAAAUCAACCAAUCGAUCAUCUUCUGCAAUUCCGUCAACCGCGUGGAGCUUUUGGCCAAGAAGAUUACGGAGCUUGGCUACUCUUGCUUCUACAUCCACGCAAAGAUGCUGCAGUCCCAUCGCAAUCGCGUCUUCCAUGAUUUCCGCAAUGGGGCCUGCAGAAACCUGGUCUCAUCAGAUCUUUUCACGCGAGGAAUCGACAUCCAGGCAGUAAAUGUCGUCAUCAAUUUCGACUUCCCUAAGACAUCAGAGACUUACCUCCACAGGGUGGGACGAUCUGGAAGGUUUGGUCAUCUCGGCCUGGCGAUCAAUCUCAUCACAUACAAUGACCGGUUUAAUCUUUACCGGAUCGAGCAAGAACUUGGAACGGAAAUAAAGCCCAUUCCUCCUCAGAUCGAUAGGACGAUUUAUUGCUCUUAGGAGCCAAGAGGACUGGGAGAGGUGCGGCUGGAGCAGUUGGGUUGAGCUCUUCUACUGACUGGUGUAGGGGGUGGGGGAAGCUGUGGUGGGUCGCAAGUGGAGGAUGCGCUGUGUGAUGGUGUCGAAUGUGAAUACAGUAGGUCGUCAGGUGUCAAGGAUGUCUUGCUGGACUCGUGGAGGAGCCGGCUGAAGCGUGCUGCUUCAUGACUGAUUAUAUAUGGAAGGGGUCCGGAGCAGCAUUCGUCGGGAGGGAAAAAGUUGCGGCUUGGAGGAGGGGAGCCGGUGUAAGCGAGUUCGGACGACAUCCUGGUCCUUCUCUUUUUCUUUCGUUUCUACUGACAUGUAGCCUUGACCACGGGCGUCCAGCAGCGGUGGGUCGUUUUCAGCAAGAUUGGUGGUCGCGAAAAUGGGGGGUGAUUGUCUCGGAGCCGUAUGAGGGAAGGGUGAUGCAGGAUUUGGAGAGAAGAGGGAAGAUCGGCACAGGAUUGAAGAUCUUGGUGGACAACGUUCAGUGGCGGUUAAGGGCGGGCUGUUCAGAGCUUUUGAGGAGCAGCAGCAGAAGCAGCUGGCAGCAGGCAGCAGGUUUUCGACUCAAGUGUAGAUCGCUGAUAACUAGCUUUGAAUCCGCUGUGUUGGGGAUCCUGUUGCUGGAGCCGGCUGCGUGCUGAUUCUGAUGGUCAUUGCGAAGGGGGAUGCUUCUUUGGAAAGCGUUAUGAGUGCAUCGCGGGAAUCAAGAGUUGGCGUGGGAAGGUGCAGCAGUUUGGAGGCGAUGCUUGUGGUAUUUACAGCUGAAAAGGUGAUGACAGUUGGUGGCUGGCUUAGGCCAGAAAGAAUGGUGGGGCGUGCAAGCCGUUGAAGACUUGACAAAGAUUGGAGAAGCAGUUGGAGCUUGAGGGAAUACAUGAGGAGGUUGUCUGCGGAACAGGGGGGAGCUGUGGUGGAACUGGAGGCGGCUGGUAAACGAAUCGGGGGUGUGGGGGAGUGGGUGCAUAUGAAGAGCUACUAGUAUUGGAAGGGAAGGUCUUGAAGGGCCGAAUGGAGUUGAGAUUGUGGGAGUGGUGGUACGGUACCUGCGGAAGGUCCUUCUGAUGGAGCUGAGAGGUUUGAUGAGAAUUGGUUGGAAGAUUCACCGACGGAUCAGCAGUGGUUUGUGCGUAUUUCAAGCUGUGUGAAUCCUUGAAUUCACCUUGGUGGCAGAACAAGGCUCAGGAGCUGAGGGGUGGAGGCAUACUGAAGGUGUGGAAGCAGUACGAAUGGAUCCAUCUGGAGCUGAGUUCUGGGGCCGUUUUCAUGACAACGCUUGCCCCAGCAGUGCUGUUACUUGGGAGGCACUAAGUUGUACUGCCAGCAUGUUGAACCUGUCUCAUGCAGUGGCUGGUGGCAGCUUGGCGCAUGGUGCAGUGUUCCUAUGGAAUGCUGUAUGUGAAGGCUCUGGGAGUGGGAGGAGCCAGUGUCAGUCAUGUUUGUUGAUCAGCCUCUUGUCUGGCCUGUGUCAGAUUUGCUGGCUGAUGUCUGGCACUGAUGCUGAACCUUGGAAAGAUGAAAUGCUAUCAAAAUUUGGCACAUCACUUGUACCCUAUGAAACACAUGUUUCCCUGG